GUCUUUGGGAUGCUGUAUCCUGCUUACUACUCGUACAAAGCUGUGAAGACAAAAAAUGUGAAGGAAUAUGUUCGCUGGAUGAUGUAUUGGAUUGUGUUUGCUCUCUAUACAGUUACUGAAACAAUAACUGACCUAACAGUCUCUUGGUUUCCACUGUAUUAUGAACUGAAGAUUGCUUUUGUUAUUUGGCUCCUUUCCCCAUAUACAAGAGGGGCAAGUUUAAUCUACCGGAAACUUCUUCAUCCUCUUCUCUCCUCUAAAGAACGGGAGAUUGAUGAAUACAUUGUGCAAGCCAAAGAGAAAGGCUAUGAGACCAUGGUGAACUUUGGAAGACAAGGGUUGAAUUUAGCAGCCUCCGCUGCAGUGACAGCGGCUGUGAAGAGUCAAGGUGCAAUAACUGAGAAGCUGAGGAGUUUCAGUAUGCAUGACCUGACUACCAUACAAGGAGACGAGCCAGUGGGCCAGAGACCUUAYCAAACACUGCCAGACACAAAAAGGAAAACCAGAGCCUCUACGAGUGAAUCUGCAGGUUACAAAAUGCCCUUGGAAAAAACUCCUGGAGAUGAUAAAACAGAUGAAGAUAUGGAGGGGACGCAUUCAGAAGAUGAGAUGUUUGCUCAGAGAGGCCUUCGAAGGUCUCAGAGCAUGAAGUCUGUGAAAACUGUUAAAGGCCGUAAGGAGAUACGCUAUGGAUCAUUGAAAUAUAGAGUAAAGAAGAGGCCUACAGUGUAUUUUUGAGUGUACUGCACAAUUCCUGCAAGACUAACUGCUGUAUUUUGACAACUUGACUUCAGUAAUCAAAUGCUAAAGAUCUGUGUGUGUGUAAUUCAUGUAAUGAAUAUGUAUGAAUGGAUAUGGGAGGACUUGAUUUUUAAGAGCCUGUUGGAUAAAGUAUUCCUCUGCUUCUAUGUCAUUGCAUGUUUGGACAAAUCUGGACAGAUAAUGAGUUUCAGCACUCAAUAGCUGAGAAUUAAAUGAGUGACAAAAAAUAGCCUAGCUUUUUCCAGAGAUACUAACAGACCAAGGUAACUCAAGUCCAAGUGAAUUAGCAGAGGCUUUUGUGAAGUGUUUGGAACUCAUCAAAUUCACUGUCUCCURGUUUACGUGGAAAGAUAAGAAUACCUUAAAUAUUUUUCUGAACUACAAUUCUUGAAAAACACUAUAACUUGAUGUAACUUAAAAAUGUACUGUUUAAAGGACAGUGGAUGAAGGUGGGCAAGGAAAGGUUAUACCUAAUUGGGUCUUUUCUUUAAGAUCUUCUUUCAUCAUAUUUCCAGACUUGAGAUCAAUAGGUGCAAACUGGGGGGUGGGAUAUGUGUAGCACUUUAUGCAAAACUGCAUAGUUUUGCACAUUUACUACUUUACAUAACAUUUUAGUGGCUUUUUAGGUAAGUUAGACUUAGGUUUUGAAUGCCAGCAAAUCCAUUUCGUAGUCCYUUUUAAGUUUAUCUCAGUUUACUAAGAUGCUGUAGAUAACUGCUACUAACACUUAACAUUAUCAGGUGCCUUUCUGUGUGUUACAGGGCUGCAGGGUUUUCUGUGGUGUUUCCCUUCCUGCCCUCUCUUCAGCUAGAAAGAGGUAACAGGACUUACAAAGUCAGUUUUUGGUUAAAGUUGUGGUAAGUGACACUUGUAGCAAUUCCAGUGACAGGCUGCUCGUAUCCCUGAGGUCUGUCAGCUCUAAAAUAGAAGUCAUGCUGACAUCAAUGCACAUAUAUGAUAGGCUAUUCAGGUCUUGUUUUUGCUCUAGAUGACCUUAACAAUAUAUGAAUAUAUACAUGUGUAUGUAUUCAAGUGCAUCUAUUUCAUAUCUUAUAUCAAUUCUAAAAUUGGCUGUGUAGUAUUUUCUGCUGCUAUAUUACUACAWUAUUUAUAUAUAAAUAGCUUUUUCUAAUGGUCUUUAACUGAUUAAGUCAGCUAUGCCCCAACCUAGUGUCCCAUGUCAGUUAUUUGCAUAGUAAGAUUAAUUAAGGAACCUUUUGAGGUUUCUCAUGGUUCUGUUUUCUGUAUUUCUCAGAGGUGGACUAACUUAGUUUUCUAUGUGACUAGUUUUCUUGUAGAUGAGAAGGGAGGUCUCUGCUCUGUAGAUAGUAUUUUAUUACUUGGCAUUGGCAUACAUGGUGUUACUUUUAUUUAAAGGAAAAUGGCAUGCGGUGGCCUCUUACUCUUGAAUCACAGACACCAGUCCCUGGAGCUUUCUCUAGGUGUGGCAUUCACCACAAGUCUGCUGCGGUGCUUUUAAACACUUGCUUAAGGCUCUACUGCAGGUCCUUGUAUUUUUUUUAGAGCUAUAGCAGGUUCACUGCUGACUCUUAGUGGCCCGUUACUGUGGAGUGGCAUCUGAACUGAUCUGCAGCCUCCUCUGGACAAGGGUUUGCAUGGCGUGGAUGAAGAUGCAGCUGGUCUGUCCUGGAGUCAUGCUGCUGGCCUGCUAUAGUAGACAUUUGUAGGUCAAGUGCAUUUGUGUGGGACAAAUCGAAGAACACUGACACAGUGCUUCUAGCGUGCCAAGGCACUUGAACGCUUCGGCAAGAAGCUGCAACAUUCCGUUUGUGACUCCAAAGCYAAAGCUGGUAUUUUCUACAGAACAGAGUAGCAUGCCAGAAGGCAGGAAGCCUGCUCCCUCCCAAAUGAGGAUAGUGUGGAAGUACUAUCCGCUAACCAAAACCAGCUUGUGACCUAGCUUUGUAAGGCCCUGUUUAUGCCCCUCUGUACAGGGGAAUUGGCACUUGCUGCUGUCAGAUGAUCAGAUUUUGCUAGCCUUCCUGUCUGGUAUUUGAAGAUGCUGGUCAGGACUGGGGUUAUCUGGUAGCCCAGUGGAGUUGUACAGCGCUGCAAAUCAUAUUUCUCUUUCUGUAGAGUU